GACUCGCUGGCCGCCGCGCGGUGGGUCGCCGAGGACCUCGUUGGCGUCGGCCCCGUGCGGCUGGGGCUGCCAGGUCUGAGCGCCCUGGCCAUGAUCAUCAAUCCAAUGUUGGAGGUGGUUCCGAGGAUCCGCCGCGAGCGGGACGUCGGCAUGCUGCCCAUGCUCCCGUACACCGCCAUGACUGUCUGCGGCGUCAUCUGGUUCGUGUACGGGGUGCUCCAGGGGAUCAUGUCUGUGGCGAUCAUCAACGCCGUCAUGGAGGGCAAAACGUGCACUUUUGCCCUCCGCGCUUCCAGCUCACGCUGGGCGCCUACUACUGCCUGGUGUUCUCGCGCUUCUGCCCUGGCACCGCCGACUGGUUGCCCUGGACUUUGA